UCAUACUCUCACUGUUUCAGCUCCUAUAAUUCUUCCACCCAAUCUCCCUCCAUCAUCUCUCUCUCUCUACAACACUACUACCCCACUUGCCUCCCCAUAUCAUCUCUCUCUAGAACACCACUACCCCACUUGCCGGAAAACUCAGAAUUAUCGCCGGAAAAACCAAGGAAUUGACCCAAGAACUUUCAUGGAGCUUUCUCCUGCACCACCUGACCUAUCUCUUCAGAUCAGCCUUCCUAAUUCCAAACCCACAUCGAAUUGGGCCUCAAGAAAUGAAAGGGAAUCCGAUUUGGGUUUUAGACGACUCGAAAAUGGGCUUGACCUCUCUCUAGAGAGAGAAACCCCACCUCAACGAGGACUUGUGAAUCUCUAUAGCCAUGGGUUGAGACCCAUAAGAGGGAUACCCAUUUACUACAAUUCUUCAUUUCCCUUCCUUUCUAGUGACCAUUUUGGUGAUUUACAUUCUUCGUCUUCUCUCUCUUCAUCUACUUCUUGUCCUUCUCUCUCAAGUUCUUCUCCUCCUUCUUCUUCUUACAAUUUUGGGUCUAAUGGAGGCAUGAGAUCGAGGUUCAUGACUAGAUUUACAGCAGCAAGAAGAAGUAUGAGAGCCCCGAGAAUGCGAUGGACAUCGAGCCUCCAUGCCCGUUUCGUUCAUGCUGUCGAGCUCUUGGGUGGCCAUGAAAGGGCAACUCCUAAAUCUGUUCUUGAGCUCAUGGAUGUCAAGGACCUCACGUUAGCUCAUGUCAAGAGCCAUUUACAGAUGUAUCGAACUGUAAAGACUACUGACAGGGCCGCAGGAUCCUCAGGUGAAAUAGAUAUUUUUGGGAAUGGAACACCAGGAGAAAUAUCAAACGAAAUCUUGCUUGAAAAUAUGACUCAACGGCCACCGUUACAACAUGGUUUAGACUACUGUAAUAUGUGGAGCAAUUCUUCCAGUAGAAGAAAUUGGUUGCAGGCCAAAUCAAGGGAUUCCAUGAGCAUGAGUCCUUCCUCUGAGGUAAAAGGAGGGCUGGAGGAUACGUCAGAUGAAUUAUUUGAAAUUAGCUCUUCAGACAUGAAUCAGAAGAAACCUAACCUUGAAUUCACGUUGGGCCGGCCAGACUAAUAUUCAUCUAUCACACUCAAGGAUUCAUAGCUUCAAAUAUAGUUUGUGGUGCUUCAUCAGAGGAAGAGUAUUCUAUCAAUAAGCAAAUAAAAAGAAAGAAUGAUAAAGGACUUUGCUACCCCUAAGAAAAAAGAAAAAGAAAAUCUUAAAUAUCACCAUCUAUGUUGUGUACCCUA